AUGUACAGCGUGGUAGCGCAUCAGAACUACGGCCGGGAACGGCGGGACAACCGGCAACAGUCGCAACAGCACCAGCACGACCAUCAUCACCACCACGGCCAUCACCACAACCAGAACCAUCAUCACGCGCAGCAAACGGGUGGCGCAAGUUCCGACGGUGGUGGAGGUGGCGGCGUAGGAGCCAGCGGGGGCCCUUGCGGUGACGGUUCGUCGCGGCAACAAGCUCAACAACACCACCAUCACCCGGACGGCAGGAGACGGUCGCAGAGGCACCGGAAUCUGUCCAUCACCGGACGUUUCCUAAACUAUAUCAAGCGCAGGUUCAACCCAGCACAAGGUAAACCAAAACACUAUUAUUUUGUCCUUAAUAUACAGGUGGUCGUUGUGGUUGCGUGGGACGUGCACGUUAUAUAUUAA